AUGGCAGUCCAGCUCCCUAGCCGAAUAACAUUUGAAGGCCCCGAUACGGUCCGCAAAUGGGGCGACGCGGUGCGACUUCGCAGGGAAGUGGAAGCCAUGACCUUCGUCCAGCGCGAGACCUCCGUCCCUGUCCCUACGAUCCUCGAAGUUUAUUUUGAUGAUCACUCUAAUGAAGACAAAUGCUGGAUUCUCAUGGAACGAUUGCCAGGAUCUCAACUCGGCACGGCGUGGCCUGAGAUGGACGACGACGCACGUUCAGAAACAAUCAGGCAACUCAGGUCGUACCUGGAACAGCUCCAUCACCUUCGUCCCGCUGGUGCCGGGGUCAUCGGAUCCGUUUCAGGGGGCGCGGCCUUUGACCAUCGACUGAGCAAUAUGCAUACGUGCGGGCCUUUUGCUUCCGUUGCUUCCUUUCACGACUUCCUCGUCGCCCCUGUCAAACAAUCACCACGUCCCGGAACAUUCGCGAAGUACAGGGCGCAAUUCCCCGAUACGUACGAGAUACGAUUCGCCCAUGCAGAUCUUUCGUGGGAGAACAUCCUCGUGGACGCAUCAACUGGAAAGAUCACCGGUAUUUUGGACUGGGAGAUGGCCGGGUACUGGCCGGAAUGGUGGGAAUACAGGAAAGCAUUGUUCGGUUCGCGAAGUCAGCCGUGGUGGAUCCGAGUACUCAACCAAGUCAUGACGGAGUACACACGAGAAACAGAACUUGAUAUGGAUGUAGAGAUGUUCUAG